AUGGAGCAGGCAACUUUGAUCUUGUUAGAUUGCCACAAAUACGCGCUGACGAGACCGGUUUUUUUAGCCGAGGAGACCGGCUGUACGCUAUGGACUUGCUUUGUCGAAGGAGCUCUCGAAUAUUGUCGGAUCGUGUUUGAUUUGUUUGAGGAUGCUGCGAUUUCAAUUCACGUCGCAGGGACAACUAAGGAAUUAUCUAUUCUCAGCGACUGGCACGUUCGCAAUGUAAACGAGAUAGCAGACAACUUCAAAUACAUUCCAUCUCAGAUCCUCGACCCAUUCCUAACACGACUGGAACAAGCUCUCGAAAACGCUGUUAGAUCGAUAAUUGGUUACAACCCACAAUCUAUGCCCACUCAAAUGACUUCUUCAACGCCUGAAAGCAAGAAAGUUAGGGUCAUAUGGAUAGUUAUGGGCAAAGGUGGCGAACGAGAUUUUGAUUAUCGUGAAACAGAGGGUACUUUACCGUCUUUUAAUCUUUGUCAGUUGAUACGGGUUGUGUUCAGACGCGUUUGGAGUUCAAGAGAGCAUCGUGACGGAUUGUCACUUGAUCACUGUCAUUUUGACAUUAUACGCGUGAUGCCGCCUUAUCAACCUUUACCAAAUGACAUGCCAUGGACAAAAAUUGAAAAAAACGCUUCGGUGACAUUGUAUAAUAUUCCGUAUGAAAGACUGGGAUUAUCACGUACAAUGGUGCAUCUUGCUCAACUACACCGCCGGUUGCAUACGUUGCAGCUAAAAGGCGUCCCAAUGAAGAAAACUACGGCGAAUACAAAAGUGUCAUACGAAAUCAAUCUGUUAUAUCAUACAAAGCAACAUGUACUGUACACAGAUGCUGAUAUGCUUGAGGAAACGAAACAAGUGCACCGACGUAUAUAUGAAGAAAAUUUCCUUUCUGAACGAAGAAGUGUAAUAAAAUGGUGCAAGCGGAAGAAUCAAGAGCACGACAUGAUAGCAACAGAGUGUAUUCAUCGUGCUACGCCUCUUGAUAUAUCUCAAUUAGCAACGGUGGUAUUCACACAAAAUCUAGUGAAUGGCUCUAUCCACUUUUUUAGUCUAAUACCGUCAUCUAAGAUUGGCGUUAGCGACGAUACUCUGCCUAGUUUGAAAGAGAGUACCCAUGUCAUCGCAUUCCAUAAUGACACGAUAUACGUACAUUGUCUUGCUCAAUCGGAAGACGGGAAAUAUAUAUCACUUGAACGUGCUACCCCACCCAAAGUAUUAUUGCCCCGACCAAAAACACUAAUAGCUACACAUGUAAAUCAAUGUGUUCAGUCUAUAAUAAGGCCCAACAUUAUAGCUUCUGUUGAAAACCAACAGGUCUAUGAUGCUAUAGAAAAUUCAAUCACCGUCCUCGACACUGCAGAACUGAAUGAUCAGUUCAGUACUGAACCUAGUGUAUCAAAUACGAAAACCAUCAUCACAUCGUCUGCAGCUCUCGAAAUGGAGACAAGAUGGUGGAAAGGUUUGUUAACAGGAAACGUUGACGUGGGAUGGAAACUGUUGAUUGGUCUUGGAAGAGAUAAACCUGGCCCGUCAGCUCACAAGAAUACUGGCGAUGGAAAGGGUCCCGUUAUUGAACAAUUGGCUGCUUUGAGAAAUAUACUUUGUGCUGAGAAUCCUUCAGGAGAUUACAUACAGAAUAUGAAUAAGAUAAUUGAUCGGUUAUUGACAACGCAUCGCGGGCAAGGAAUUGCAUUUGAGAGUCAAAAAUUAGCUAUCUCUCUGUUGAAACAAACAAGAGUAUUGGGCAAGAUGUUCAAGAAAAAAUCAAAGAAACAUUCUGAGAUAUACGCUCUGCUAACGUCUAGAAUAAAACCGGAUGGAACGGAAAAUAAAGCCGUUAGCUUGCCUGAUACACAGUCAAACUAUUCCGCGUCAUCGACAUCUGCCUCGGGCUCUCCAGGUUCGUAUAGCGGCCGUGGAUCAAGGUAUUAUCCGUACCCCAAACGUGGUCAAUCAUCACGCGGGCGUGGUAAUCGCGCAUGGAACCAUUCAGGGAGUGGUGAUGAGGGUCGGAAGACGCCGCCUAUAAAAGUUGUACCUACACCUUAUUUGAGAUAUAUUCCGGUCACGUUACAAGCAACUGCAGAGGAGGAAGAAAUCUAUAAAGAAAGAUUAGGACAGGAGGGUUUGCUAUUUUCUCGGUACUGGACAUUUAAGCGAGAGGGCAGGAAGAAAAGAAAAGAAUUGGAUGCAAGAAUUCCUGUUUCAAAAAGUGAACCGCUGUAG